AUUUGAAUAUUACUGGGAAAGAGGUGUAGCAGCUCGUCGUCAGAACGGUUUCGCUUUCAGUGAUAGAAAACGCAACUGCGAGUGGGGAGACUUUGUCGACUACGAGCUUCCAUACUUUGUGGAUCGAUUUAACCGUGACGCGGAGUGGAGGGGAAGGAGAAAUACAGCUCUGACAUGGAUCUGUCUUUCUUCCUCCUGUGUUCACUCCUAUCAUCAGUAACAUAUUGUGCCAUAGAGUUGACGGUUACCCCGGAGGCCAUUAGGCUUGGAAAUGAUGCAAAGCUCGUUAUCCGAUGUAGCCUUAAUUUGCGCUUGUCAAAAACUGACCAGGUGUAUUCUGUUAUGAUGAAGAGAAGAAACACUGCACUCGUUGUUAUAUUUACAGACAGUACGACCAAUGUGUAUGAUGAAACUUUGAAAUACGCCACAAUAAACUCAUCACUCUCAACAUCGGAUGCCUACGUACAGCUAACGUUGCCAACUGUCACGUGUAAUGACAGGGGCGAUUACUCCUGCAGUAUGGCCGUCAGACAAAAUCAUAGAAGUCUCAAAUUGGGUCCUGUUGAAGAAUAUCUGAAGAUCACAGGUGAAUCUUGUCGGUUCAUCGACACAUUCAUUUACCCGAUGAGUGCUUACAAGAUUGGGGAUAUCGUGAGAAUAACGUGUUUCAUGCUGGUACACCAUGCAACAUCCGAUUGGCAUUGGUACUUCACGAAUAAUGAAACAGUUUACAAAUCGGAAGAAGAAGGAUGCCAAUUUGUUGCAGAGGGAGUAAUGAAUUGCUCAAGUCUUCUCGAAUUUGAAGUUUAUAUGAGUUCAACCGUUACUUGCCAACUGGGCAAUGCGUACAGAACUGUCACAAUUGAUGUUGAAGAUAAUGUUGUCGAAGACACAGAUUCAAUGUCCAUGAAACCGCAGCAUGUGGAUCAAACACUCCCGUCUACACCAGGUCAUGUCACGCACAUCAACUAUACGACAUACAUGCUCGUCGGGCUCUGCUCUGUCGUGACUAUCGCAACUGUACUCACAGUGCUGAGAACCAUAAGCAAUAGAAGACAAUGUUCCAGUGCAGAUAACCACAUCGUCAAAGAGGAGGAGGCGCAACUGUCGAAACGUCACAUUACCGACCUUCAUUUAUUUACCAAGGAGGAUGAUACAAUAGAUACAUGUGAAACGCACCCUUUAACUUCUUCCCAAAAGAGUGACCACAUUUUAUGACAUUUGCUGCGACAAGGAAUCAAAGUUUUAAAACUUUACAUCGGUCAGUCGGUUUCUGAAGCAAGGUCAAUUUCAGCCAGUUUCUUCUUUGUAUGGUAGUUAACUGCUUAAGUUCCACACUUUCAUCUAUACAUAUCCAUUUUCAUCAUCAUCAUCAUCAUCAUCAUUAUCAUCAUCAUCAUCAUCAUUAUCAUUAUGCCAUGUUGUCUUAUGUUGUCCUUGUCGAAUGAAUGUCAUCCAACUAACAAUAAAAAUAUCAACUCUGA